AUGUCAGGGGUCACUCGUGUAAUCUCGCGACACGAGUCGCCCUCUUCCAUCAACAAGAGGCGACCUUCCUCACCAUCUUCCCGUUCAUCUUCGCAAUCACCUCGACAUUCGGACACCUUGUCACCAGAAACAAGCUAUAAUUCGCAUGACUACCCAACAAAGGGUCACGGAACCACAUCUGUACGUCGACGCGAAGCGAACCGUUUGGCGGCUCAACGGUUCAGGAGUAGGAAGAAAGGUUAUCAAGACAGCUUGGAGGAAAGGAUAAGGGUAUUGGAAACGGAGAAGGAUGUUCUGAUUCGACAGAUGGAUGACAGCCAUGGAUCUAAACCGAAACACCGCUCCUCCAGCGUUCGUCAGGCCAGCGUCGACGAUUGGACUACAGCCUCGCGUAAACCCAAAUCCACGUCUUCACAGCGAUCACCAUCGCCUGCCCCUCUCGACGCAGAUGUUCGUAUCGCUGCCCUUGAAUCUGCCAAUAGACGAUUACAAGAUGAUCUUCGCAGACUCACAGACGAGAAUGAACAGCUACGCGACGAGGCGAGACGGUGGAAAAGUUGGAAAGAAGAUGGCGUUCAUUCUCGUUAUGGCAUCGACGAAGAUUUGAAUUCCAUAUUGAUUUCGCCGAGAAAACAACUUCGACCUAACCUACCACCUCUCGAACGGCCGGUGGCAUAUCCUACCCCUUCCUCGUCUUCCUACGGGUCAAACACUUAUAGCGCUCCGCUCGGUCAGCUCGAAAGCAAUGAGUCUUUCUCCAGGUCGACCGAAGUCACACAUAAUAUUCAGUUGCCCUCCCUUCGAUUACCGCCAAUCCGAGUUGCAAUGUCCCCUGGGGGACAAACGCUCCCUUCUCCUACCUUCACCCCUCGGUUUAACGGGCCCGUCCUCGAUCGACCACCGCAAACGAAUCGUUAG